AUGGCCUUUAGGUUGUAUGAGGAAAACGACCAUGUUGCUGCCUACCUUCAGUAUAGAGUUACCCCUUGUGAAUUGAUCCAAACGAUUAUGGAAUUUAUGGCACCAAUGGUGAGAAGCAAGUUUAACCUUGCAGUGGAUGUUGGCUGUGGCAAUGGAAAGGGAACCAUACUCCUGGCACCCUUCUUCAACCAGGUUGUUGGGACUGACAUUAGCCCCGCCCAGCUUAAGGUGGCUCAGUCCAAUAACCUUUGCCAGAAUGUCUCGUACAGGCAGUGUCCUGCAGAAGACUUACCAUUUGAGUCAGGACAGGUGGACCUUAUAACAGCCAUGACAGCUGCCCACUGGUUUGACCACCCGCGCUUCCUGAAGGAAGCUGACCGGAUAUUGAAGCCUAAUGGCUGCCUGGCCCUGUUGAGCAACACAAUGGACAUGGAACUGGAGUAUGGCGAUACCACUACCGCACUAAACAACAUCUGUGAGGAGUUUUACGCAGCUCUGGUCCCCUUCAAAAAUCCAUAUCUUGGCACCAGUUCUUCAAAAAUCUACUUAGAGAUGUUUGACUCCUGCUCCUAUCCAGAAAAAUACUGGAAUGGCUGUCAAAAAAUUCACAGGAACGUGACAGUAAACCAUUUCAUUGGAUUAGUAGAGACAUUCACCAGCUACCAGAAACUGAAGCAUCAGGAUGCUGCUGAAGCCAAGCGUCUUUCUGAUGACGUCAGGAAAAAGCUGCUUGGCGCCAUGCAGGUGUCCUCACCAGACACAGAGCUCACCAUGGUGGUCAAGUAUUUCUACAUGCUAGCCCGCAAACCUUGA